AUGAUGAAUGCUGACAUAGAUGACCUCUCUGCAAGAGUAGAUGCAGUUAGGGAAGAAAAUCUGAAGCUAAAAUCAGAAAAUCCAGUUCUUAGACAAUAUAUAGAAAACCUCAUGACAGAUUCUAGUGUUUUUCAAACAACUGAAAGAAAAAGCAAAAGAAAGUAA